AUGGGGCGGAAGACGCGUCCGACGCGGGCAGGUCUGGGGACUGUUGCCUCGGCGGUGGAGCCGUCCUCGGCGGGCCCGUCGCGCGGCGGUCCCGCGGGCGCGGCUGCCCUUGCGCAGAAGAAGGGCGAGGAGACCGCGAUAACGCGGGCGCAGGAGCUCGUCCAGUGGUCGCGCGAGCAUGAGGGGCGCACGCCGCGGGAGAUGGCCUGCUGCCGCGGGGCGCGCAAGGCGACGGCGACGCCGGAGGAGCUGCACGAGCAUCAGUUCGGGCAGUGGCUAGCGAACCAGCGGAUGGCGCUGAACGGCAAGGGGCGGCACAAGUCGCACCGAGCAGCGGUUGCGGUGCUGGACGCGCACUUUGGCCGGUCGUGGCGCGCGGCCGGGUCCGCGGCGGCGCGCGAGGAGGCCGCCAUUCGCCGCGCGGAGGAGCUGGUGCAGUGGGCGAAGGACAACCCGGCCCGGGGCCUCCCGCAGCAGGUCUGGUUUCUACAGUCGGACCGCCGGGCGAUAGCUACGGAGGCGGAGCUGCAGGAGCACGAGCUCGCGAAGUGGCUCUCGAACCAGCGGAGGGCGAGGAACGGCAAGGGGCGGCACAAGAGCUACCCCGGGGUCGUCAAAGUGCUCGACGACCACUUCGGCGAGCGGUGGCACAAGGCACAAAAUUCCGUGUGUGGAAGGCCUUGA